AUGGAUUCGAUGCAAACAUCUCCGGAAAAAGUAAGCGACGCCGAAUCAGUGCAAAAAGAACAAGAACUCAUGAACAAUGCCCGUAUCGCUUCCAUGGUGACUCAAGAACAAGUGCUUAGUGAUAAUGUGGCAAGAAAACGCAGAAAAUUCACGAAAAAACGAAGUACAAGUGCAGGCAGACGGGAACCGACGCCGGCUAGAAUCGUGGACGACAAAAACACGACGUCGGACGAUGAAGUGCCCAAACCGCGACCGAAAACGCCCGAACGAAGAAAAAGAACGCUUACUAGAUCUGCUGAUAAGCGAAGAGCGCAUAGCGAAUCGGAAUCGGAAAUGCAUGGUAUUUCGAUAAUAGACCCCAGUUAUCUCACAGCCAACGGAAAGACUGUCCAGAAAAGCUACAGUAUCCCGAAAAACUACCAAGAGGACGCCAAGAAACGAGGCAGCAUAACUGAUAUAGCUCAAACCGAAAUACUAUCGUUUAUAAACAAAACUAGAAAAAGCAUAACGAACGCGGCUAUACGCGGACGAGACAGAUUCAGAAAGGAUAAAGAAAGAGUCAAGCGAUCUCAGUCCGCCCCCAACCAAAUUACUGAAGAAGAACUUGUUGAAAGUUUUCGUAAGGCGCAACUAUUGAGCGCCGAAAAUGUUCCCAAAUACCGAAAAUACUCUGAUGAUGCUAGUUAUAGAUCUGUUACUCCGGAGGUGCCACCGGAACCAAAACAAUUUAGACCUGAGGUACAAGAAUUCGUGCGGCAAAGAAAGCAGCAAAGAGAAUUUUCUUCAAAAAUAGUUGAAGUUUUGGAUCCUAAAACAUCCAAGGUAGUAUCCAGAAAAGCUUUUAUAAAACCCACACUCAAAUUCAGAGAACUCUUCCAUAUUCUAAAAAUGUUCACAAUACCAGAGAUCUACAGAAACUAUAGGGCGUACAAAGUUGAAAUGAAAGAUGAGUAUAAUCGAAUAUGGAGGCUAUGGAACAAAUGCAUGUGCGAAAUACUAAUAAUAAUGAUUUAUUGCGGUUUAGGAGGAUUUAUAUUUAGAUUUACUGAAGGGAGUUUCGAGAACUUCUAUAAAUGCGGGGUGAAGAGAGUCAAGAGAGAUUUUAUCGAUCAAUUGUGGGCUAAAAGUCACAAUUUAAGGGAGGAAGAUUGGAAGUCUUUAGCCCGGAUGAAGCUUAGAGGCUUUGAGGAUGAGCUUCAUGUAGCACACGAAGCUGGAAUGACUAGUUAUAGCGGUCAAAGGUCUUGGAGCUUUUUAAAUGCUGUAGUUUAUUGUAUUACAGUGGUAACUACAAUUGGUUAUGGACAUAUCUAUCCCACUACGACAACGGGAAGGGUAUUAACUAUAGUCUAUUCUAUUAUUGGAAUUCCAUUGUUCCUUAUAGCUCUUACAGAUUUUGGUAAACUUUUUACCAGGGCCAUCAAAUUUAUAUGGUCCUUUGUGCGGAGACUGUACUACACUGGUAGCUGUCGAAGUAUGAGAAAAACUGCACAAGUACAGGAAAUCUUCAAAGGAGCCCAAAUGAUGUACGAUAUUGCAACGUUCCGUCGCUCAUCACAAGUUGUGGAUCCAGAAAAUCCGAUUGCGUUUCAAGUGGGAUCUCCGGGGAGCCAUCCAGACGAAACACCCACGACUCCAGCACUUUCCAACUAUGAAAUCGACGACGAAUUUAAUUUGCCCAUAUCAGUGGCCAUAUUUAUACUUCUUCUCUACAUAUUUUUGGGAGCUUUAAUAUAUUGCGCCUGGGAGCACUGGGAUUUCUUUGCCUCGUUUUAUUUUGUUUUCAUAUCAAUGUCUACCAUUGGCUUCGGAGAUUUCGUUCCAAGGCAUCCUAUUUGCAUGAUUGUUUCCAUUGUUUACUUAGUUUUUGGACUUGCGUUAAUGUCCAUGUGCAUCAACGUUGUCCAGGUUAAAUUGACCAACACUUUUAAGCAGGCCUCUGUGAAAAUUGGCGCCACCAUGGGGUUGACCGUCGACGAGGACGGAAGUGUUUGCACCAUACCACCGGAAGGCGUCGAAAUGCCGGAAGUACAUGAUAAUAAUACGUUACAAGUGCCAACUGAGGAUAGUGGCAUUAAAGUUAAAGACAGUUAA